AUGGUCGUCAAUGAACUUAUGGUCGAGGUGCUUCAUGUCCUACAACGAGAUUUGAGCGCGAGAAAUCUGGGCGGUACCCAAACCACACCCAGUCCAACUGCAGCGCAGUCGCAGACCGUCUCGACGACGGUUCCCGCUCCCACACCAACCAUGACGAGCUCUGGCGGUGGAGGACCGACCAGUUCGCCAUUACUCUUCUUUGUAGCAUUAGGUUUUGGUGUUGUAUUUACGAAUUUAUGGAUUAUCGUCGGUGUCAAAUACUGCUUUCGCUAUAAUGCGAGAAAUCGGGCUUUACGAAACGGAGAAGACGGUGAUCCGAUCAAUCUCGAGAAUAUGCCAACCCGACCGCAUCGCAGACGGAGGGAAAAGAAAUUGAUGACGAUGGAUGAGGUUAAUGAUCGAUUUCCAUUGACAAAGUAUAAGAAUUGGGUCGCGGCAAGGGCCAGAGAGGGUCUAUCUACGAGCGGAGGUGUCAAUGCGCCAUCAAGUCGACCUGGAAGUUUACGAGAUGUUGACGGCGUUGUUCCUUCUUCACCUGUCGAUACUAAGCACUCUGUAAAUACCCGACCUGCUACCGCUUCGUCCGAAAUCGAGCCAACACCUGCCAUAAUUACCACGGACCGCAAGAGUAUGGAUGUGAAGGCUGUCGAGAAGGAUAAUGCCGUAACCACUGUCGAAGAGCAAAACAAUUUGGAGCAGGUCAAGACUACCGCAAGCACUGUUGAUAAACAGCCUACAGCGGUCAGUGAAUUAGAUGAUGACGACGAGGAUGACCAUAUUCACACAGCUGUACCACCGGAACUCCUCACUAACCCUGGAGAUUCGUGUGCGAUUUGUAUUGAUACCCUGGAGGACGACGAUGAUAUCCGUGGCUUAACAUGUGGUCACGCAUUCCAUGCUGGUUGUUUAGAUCCAUGGUUGACUAGCCGUCGGGCAUGCUGUCCACUCUGCAAAGCAGAUUACUACACUCCCAAGCCCCGACCUGAAGGCGAAGCAGCCGAGCCUGAGCGUUCUGGUCGUUCUAAUAGACGGAGAACAGAACAGGCAAACAUGGUACAACAACCUCCUUCAGCGUGGACUGGCAUUCGAGGACACCCACGCUUUGGCGCUAUCGGAGGCCGCUUUGGAAUUAUGCAGGAAACUACGGGGGAUCAAUCGCGCAAUGCUAGGAGAGCGAGGAGAGCACAGGCGAAUGUACAGCCGGAAGUUGGAACGGGGGAUAACGCUACGGCAUCGAGAAGAUGGAACCCAUUUAGAAGGAAUCGUCCCGCGGCUGCGACACCGGUGGAAGCUGCUCCUGAGACGGCGACGCCUUCGCAGUUGGAGGCGGGGGUGGUGCGUUGA